GAAGAUUUAUGUUUUGACACGUGUGGCCGGUAGCCUCCCCGAUUUAGCCGCACAGGCACGCCUGCGAACCCUUUCCCGUCUCGUUUCGUCUCCCUCACACCGCACUCGCUUCCUCUCUCUCUCGCUCUCACUCUUUUUCAGAUAUGUGAAUGUUACCAUAAUAGAGUGGCUAUAUAAGACUAGACAAGUGGUAUGGGGCCUUGGGCAUGUGGGGAGAAUAUUCACAAAAUCACAUACCAGGAGAGUUGAUCCAAUGGGGGAAAGCUCAAUAGUCAGAGGAGCUUGUGAUCUGAACAUCAAGAUGGAGAUUAGUAGCAUCAAAGAUGCAUUCGACCGUGUGGCUAAGAAGCAAAAGUUAUGCUCUUCCAAGUCUCAAGAAACUGUUGACCAGGUAGGGCGUGAAAUUGAGCAGGCAUUGGCAGCACUUCGGUCACCGCAGGAUCCCUCAACUCUAGCUGACCAGAAAUCCGUUCUCACAGAACUUAAGUUAAAACUCAAUGCUAUUGGGGCACUUCAACAGUUAGAAGGACCACAUAAGGAAUUGAACACAAGUCUUGGCAAGUAUCAAAAACUCCUUGAAAAAUUGUUAAAUCCUGACAUCUCAAAGGCAUACAGAAAUGUGGACUUUGAUUCUCAUAUUAUCAAUCAGAUCAUCGCAAGCCACUUUUACCAUCAAGGUUUAUAUGAUCUUGGAGAUAGCAUUGUAAAUGAGGCGGGAGAGCCUGAUGCAACUGCACUUAGAUCUCAAUUCUUGGAAAUGCAUCAGGUUAUUGAAGCCAUGAGGACUAGAAACCUUCAGCCUGCUCUCACAUGGGUCACUGCCAAUCGUGAAAAACUUGUCCAGAUUGGUUCCAAUCUUGAACUUAAGAUUCACACACUUCAGUAUGUAGAGGUUCUGCAAAAUGGAACUCGAGCCGAUGCCCUAAAAUAUGCCAAAACGCAUCUUGCUCCUUUCGCUUCUCUCAACAAGGACGACUUCCAUAAGCUUAUGGGUUGCCUCUUGUAUGCAGGACGGCUUGAGAACUCCCCUUAUUCUGAGUUGCUGUCCCCAUUUCAUUGGGAGAUAACUACCGAAGAGCUUGCACGACAGUUCUGCUCUCUUAUGGGGCAGUCCUAUCAGAACCCACUGAGUGUGGUAUUUGCAGCUGGAGUUGAAGGGUUACCCACACUGUUAAAGUUGGCUAAUGUAAUGGCGGCAAAAAAGCAGGAGUGGCAGGAAAUGAAACAGUUACCAGUGCCUGUAGAAUUGGGCAAGGAAUUUCAGUUCCAUUCAAUUUUUGUUUGCCCUGUGAGUAGGGACCAAGGUAGUGAAGAGAAUCCUCCGAUGCUGCUGCCAUGUUUACAUGUCCUUUGCAAGCAAUCAAUUAUCAAGUUAUCGAAAAAUAGCACUCGAACAUUCAAGUGUCCAUAUUGUCCUGCGGAAGCUACAGUCGCACAUUGCAGACAGCUGUAUUUCUGACGAUGUUUGAGCAUUUCUCUCACAUUUCAUUGGUGAAGUACAGCAGAUAUAGCUUUCUGGUUGUAUAUAAAUAUUCUAAAUUAUCUUUUACAUUUGACUAGACCAAUGAGUUAAUAAAAAUUGAAAGAACCUGUUGAUAACCUGGAGCUCUGAUUUCAUCUCCAACCCCUUGGCUUGUCUUCUCCUCGCAAGCACCGAUUCUCCAAUUUUACCUGAAGUUUUUGCUUUACCUAGUAUGAAACACUUUGAAAUGUUCUUCCA